UAUCGAGACAUUUUCAAUUAGUUUCAUAUUGAUAGUUUACUGAACGGGCAAACGCUAUUUGUUGAUUUGGUUUUAAUUUCUGUGAGAGAUUGUGUUGAUUUAUUUUCAAUUGAUUGAGAUCAAUGAAACAAUUAAAAUUCUUCAUCGAUAAUCGUUAUAGCUUUUUUAAAACAAUUUCCGUUUAUUUGACCUACUUUUCGAUCGGAUGUGUUUCAGCUCUACUUGGUUCGAGUCUUUUGGACUUACAGAUACUUGCGAAUACUGAUUUCGCGAAAAUAUCGUUACUUGUAACGUUCAGAAGUGUUGGUCAUGUGUCUGGGUCACUAAUUGCUGGAAUCAUUGGAUCGAAGUUUAAAUUGUCUCUGGUUUUGGCGAUUACCAACUUUUUCUCAGGACUAUUUAUCGGCCUUGUACCUUUUCUGGUCAAAUUUGAAUACAUGUCAAUUUGUAUCUUAAUUGCUGGUAUUAAUUAUGGGAUAGCCGAUAUACUGAGUGCGAGUUCAAUCACAAUCAUUUGGAAGGAUAAAUGUGCCAACUUUAUACAAGUGCUUUUCCUAUUCGGUGGUAUUGGAGCUUUAAUUUCACCCGUUAUUACGAGGCCAUUUUUGUUACCAUCGAAUGACGAAAAGACAAGUUUCAAUAUGAACAGUUCGAUGGUCAAUUCAAUUGAUGUUCAAUCAACCUUUUCGAAGCAAAAUUAUGAAUCAGCUGAUGUUACUGUUCAUUAUGCGUUUUUAAUUUGUGGCCUAAUUGGGAUCAUUAUAUCGAUACCGUUCAUGUACUUUUAUUUGAAUGAACGGAAAAAAAGUCUUGAAAUUCAAGUUAAACGAAACGACCAAUUAGCUAACGCAAACCCUCAACAGACAAAUGACCUAACCUGGAAAUCAUAUAUCGCCGUUGCUUUGGUAGCCAUCGUUGGUCACUCAGCUUAUAGCUUGGAAACUGUUGUCAAUUCAUUGGCUACUUCGUUUUCGGUAAAAUCUGACCUUCACAUGGACAAAAAAUCGGGUGUCUUACUGGCGACCGUUUUCUGGUCAUGUUUCUCAUUUUAUCGGCUCAUUUUUAUUCCACUAACUUUCAUUAUUUCAGAGUCUAAAUUGUUAGCGACUAGUUUAACCAUCUCGCUGACUGGCCUUUUAAUUACCGUUCCUUGGGCGAAUAACAAUGAAAUUUGUAUCUGGAUUGGGUUCACACUCAUUGGAAUCGGUAUCUCACCGAUAUUUGCCGCUUCUUUUGGUGUUCUAAAUUCUUAUAUCAUAAUAACACCCAGAAUAGUCUCGAUAAUCUUAUCGAUUACGCUAAUCGGUGAGUCGAUUCACCCUGCGAUCGCUGCAUUUCUUAUGACCAAAAAAAUGAUUGUAUUUUUAUACUAUUUGGGUGCUUUAGGAAUCAGUUAUAUCCUCUCAUUGAUGAUACUAAUUGUCUACUGUAAGAAAGCACUUGAAUACUAAUCAAUCAAAUGAUAAACAAUCAGAUUAAAAUGAUCAAACAAAUAAGCAAAACAUUUCGACACAUUUUUUUGAAACAAACAAUUCGAAUGUCAGA